UAUGUUGUCCACACUGGCUCCCUUCCGCAUCUGGUUUUCUGUCCAUCUGUUUUGGGUAGAGCCCUACGUCCCAUGGGAAACCCUUUCUGGCUGGUGGUAUGGGAGGAACCGUCUAAAGAGGGUUUCUGCUCUUCGUUCCCUCAACAUUCAUUUCUCUGCUGUCACUUCCAGAGCCUCCUGAGAUUCUACUUUGGCAUCUCCAGCAUUUGGCCUCUGCUCAGGAGAAAGAAGCAACUAACAAAACACAGAAAUAACAAGGAUUGCUCAGUAUGCAGCUCACAGGAUGCCCAUGGCCACACUGAAAAUGAAUUCCUUAUUUUCACCAGAUAUCCUUGUCUGAGAGGACCCAUUUCAAAGAGUCCGCGUAGUUUUCUUGUGUCGGACCAGCAUGGCGGGAUUCAAGCGCGGAUACGACGGGAAAAUUGCCGGGCUGUACGACCUGGACAAAACCUUGGGCCGAGGCCACUUCGCAGUGGUUAAGCUUGCCAGGCAUGUCUUCACGGGUGAAAAGGUGGCGGUGAAGGUUAUCGACAAGACCAAGUUGGACACGCUGGCCACCGGGCACCUGUUCCAGGAAGUGCGGUGCAUGAAGCUGGUGCAGCACCCCAACAUCGUGCGCCUCUACGAGGUGAUUGACACCCAGACCAAGCUGUACCUCAUUCUGGAGCUUGGGGAUGGAGGAGAUAUGUUCGAUUACAUCAUGAAGCACGAGGAGGGACUUAACGAGGACCUGGCCAAAAAGUACUUCGCUCAGAUCGUUCACGCUAUAUCUUACUGCCAUAAACUGCACGUGGUGCACAGGGACUUGAAGCCCGAGAACGUGGUCUUCUUCGAGAAGCAAGGUCUUGUGAAGCUGACGGACUUUGGUUUCAGCAACAAGUUUCAGCCGGGGAAGAAGCUCACUACCAGCUGUGGGUCUCUCGCGUAUUCCGCUCCGGAAAUUCUGCUCGGGGAUGAGUAUGAUGCGCCUGCAGUAGAUAUAUGGAGUCUGGGAGUGAUCCUUUUCAUGCUGGUGUGCGGUCAGCCACCCUUUCAAGAGGCCAACGACAGUGAGACCUUGACAAUGAUCAUGGAUUGUAAAUACACAGUACCGCCCCACGUGUCUAAGGAGUGUAAAGACCUGAUCACACGGAUGCUGCAGAGAGAUCCCAAGAGAAGGGCCUCUUUAGAAGAGAUUGAAAACCAUCCAUGGCUUCAGGGCGUGGACCCUUCACCAGCCACCAAGUACAACAUCCCCCUCGUGUCCUACAAGAACCUCUCGGAGGAGGAGCACAACAGCAUCAUUCAGCGCAUGGUGCUCGGGGACAUAGCGGAUCGAGACGCCAUUGUCGAAGCCCUGGAAACCAACAGGUACAACCACAUCACCGCCACCUACUUCCUGCUCGCCGAAAGGAUCCUGAGGGAGAAGCAGGAGAAAGAAAUCCAGACCAGGUCCGCGAGCCCCAGCAACAUUAAGGCCCAGUUUAGCUCUGCAGGACCCCGAGGCUCUCCGGGAGGUGGGACAUUUGUGCUGGUGGAGGACAGAUGACUUGUCCAGAGACACUGCUUGACCUCAAACCAUUGUCAAACCCUCAGCUUCUGUGGACUGCCGAGCAGGGACUGUAGCAAGUGGCCCUCCACCCUCAGGAGAACCUGAUCAGGCUCGGAGUUGGGGGGAAGAUGUCCGUUAUAAAUUCCUGUGAAUUUUAUCAAGCUGUAGGUUUAAUUAGGUUUUAUUUCUAGGAUAACAUAAUUGGUGUGAAAUGAAAAUGUCGCGUGGAAGUGGCUGUUUUAAGUGUCUGGCAUCUGUCAGUCCCCUGGGCAGAGAGGACAGCUGAGCGUUCCAAGAUGUUUGUUCAAAACAGGCCAGAGACCUCGUUUUUAAAAGUCUCUUUGGGUACCUAGCAGUGUUCUUGUUACUUGGGUCACUCCAGAUUGGGGGUAAACGCAAAGUUUAAAUGAUAGUGGAUUUUGCUGUCAGGCACUCUUGUGGGAGCACUUCAAAUGCACGUAUUUGUAUUUGGCUUACUGCAUUUUUCAGUUGGUGAAGAGAUUUAUAUAUGCCAGUGCACACUGACCUCUUCUCUCCAACAUCCUCAUACUUAAGUCCAUCGAACUAUUUCCAUUUAUUUUUGUAGAUACCAGACUUUUACGCCACCGUAUAAUAUCUGGAGGACUGAAAAUUUCGGGUGAAUUUUAUGAGCAAUAAUAUACCUUCAGAGGCUGUGCCCUCAGACCCGGGGGGACAGCGUGGGUGCUGUUCGGGCGGUGCUCUGGCGCCGACCCCCUGGCUGCGGCGUGCCCUGGGGCCUGGGAGAGGCGCCU